GCUACUUCUUUGAAGCCAUUGCUCGAAGCAUCCUUAUUGCAGACUUGGAUUGCACCAUGGUCGGCGAGUGUGCCCUGACGUCCGACAGACACGAAAUCAGCAGCCUUCGUUGUCCUCCAGGUCGGGGUCGUAUUCUUGAUCCACCUUCUAUGCUCGGCUGCUUCACUUGUCAACCGGGGUCCUUUCAGGUUCUGAAGGCAGCCAACGCAUCAUGCCUUCGGUGCCCAAAGCAGACAGCUGUCUGUAACACGACACAUGUGAUCAUGCAACCUGGAUAUAUGGUUGAAGCGACAGCAAACCUCUCCAACAUGAGCGUAAUGUCUCCGGUGGUCGAUGUGAACAAGACCUAUGCUUGCCCGAAUGCAGCUGCUUGUCCAGGAGGUCAACUCUCCUACCAGAGCCAAUCCAGCAUGUGUGCCGUGGGCUAUGUUGGGAGAGCCUGCAUAUGGCCAGCAGCAGGUUAUGCCUCCUCAGAUGCUGCCCCUCUCCGAUUUGUUCAGUGCCCAACCUCACGAUUGGGCUUGUUGCUGUUAUCUGCUUUCCUGAUUGUGAAGGAUGUUCUGCUCUUCGCCAUCUCAUCGUUCAGCGUGCUCGGAGCCAAGGCUGAGUCCAAGGAGAGCGGCGUCCUGUUGAACCAGUUGAUGUCGUUUGCAACAGUCAACUCGAUCUGCUUCAUGGUCAUCGCGCAGAGAGACGUGUACCAGCAGUUGAACGGCUUUGCCGAACAUUUUCUGUUUAGCUGUGGGUUGGCAAUGGACCUGGCGCGCGGUCAGGGUGGAGGCGGGACAUCCAUCGCUUGCGUUAUCCACGCCAUCCUCGGCACAGAUUAUGUGACCCUGUGGAUGCGAUUCUUUGCUGCAUCGCUGACGCCCGUGAUGCUCAUCAUCAUCUUAAGCUGCCUUCAAGACCCAUGGCUUGCUUUCAUCGUCGGCACAAAUUGUUUUCUACCUAGCUUAUGUGGACGAGCUGCAUGGCACUUUGUCGCUUACAAGCCAAGUGAAGAGGAGGCAACUUUUAUCGGUGAUCUUGCCCCUGGUGAGUCCAUGGUUUCAUACUUUAUUCCCGUGAUUGCCACCCUGAUGUGCUUCUUUGCUGUCACUAUCUGGUCCUGGAUGAGAGCUGUGUCCGUUGCAAAGGCACCUCUUCCGCCACAUGUGCUUUACAUAAGCCGGGCGUACAAAUCUGAGCAUGCUGGGUGGGAGUUGGAGCGACUUCUGAGAAAGAUGCUAUUGGCAUUGAUCCAGGGUGCUUUCCCGAUUACCAUCCAUCCCGUGUCCCUACUGGCCCUGACCAGCAUCGUUUUGAUGUUCUCUUUAGUGGCAUACCUCAAGCUGAAGCCUUACAAAAAGGAUGCCUUUAAUCAGCUCGAGACGCUUCUGCUUAUGAUCGGCGUUUCCAUGCCAAUUCUUACCAUUAUGUCGGUUGGCAUGACGCUGAUGAUGGGAGCAGUUGCCGCAGCAAUGAUCAGAGACCAUCGGCGCGACUAG